UUGCUGCUAAAUAAUGUUUCUGUACGAUGAGCUACCCCACUACGGCGGGAUGGACGGCGUAGGGGUGCCGGCGUCCAUGUACGGGGACCCGCACGCCCCCCGGCCGAUCCCCCCGGUGCACCACCUCAACCAUGGGCCGCCGCUACAUGCCGGACAGCACUACGGCGCCCACGCCCCGCACCCCAACGUCAUGCCGGCCAGCAUGGGCUCCGCUGUCAACGACGCUCUGAAGCGGGACAAGGAUGCGAUCUACGGGUAGGCACAGCCGGGGC